AUGGAUUGUGCAAAUAUUAUAGCUUGGAAUGUGAGAGGAGCUAGAAAUAAGCUGGCUCGGGUGCAUCUGAAACAAUUGGUAAAUAAUUUUUAUCCAUACAUUUUUAUCAUUUUAGAGACUCAUUGUGCUUUCCAAAAGGUGGCUGUCUUUUGGAAUAGAUUAGGUUAUAUUCCUAUUCAUAUUGAAGAAGCUCAGGGGCAUAGUGGAGGUAUUUGGGCGCUCUCUGCAUGGCCCAGAGUAUCAUGCAAUGUUGUGGCAGCGAGUUCGCAAGUGGUGUGUAUUGAGUUUUCGAAUGGCGGUUUCUCUUGGAUCUGUGCAGUGAUUUAUGCAAGUCCCGUUCCUAGUAUAAGGGAAGAAGCUUGGAGGGUUUUGACAGAUUUUUCCAGAAAUUAUUCAGGUCCUUUAUUAGCUAUUGGGGAUUUUAAUGAGAUCCUUCUUUCAUCUGAGGUUAAAGGUGGAAACUUUGUCUCUCGCAGGGCAAAGCGGUUUCGAGCUCUCCUAUAUGAAUGUGUUUUGGUUGAUUUGGGAGCUCAUGGAUCUUUGUACACUUGGUUCAGACAUAUGCAGGGUAAUCGGUUCAUCUCGAAGAGGCUGGACAGGGCUGUGGCUACUGAUGCUUGGUGUUUUCAUUUUCCGGAAACCUAUGUCGAGAAUUUGGCAAGGAUGCAUUCUGACCACUGUCCCAUUAUGGUGCGAUGUCAAGGUAAUGAUAGAAGAGUUGGGGUAAAACCUUUUCGUUUUCAAGUAGCUUGGUCUUAUCACCCAAGUUUUUCGUCGGUGGUCAGGGGUGCUUGGGACAAGGGUAGAUCCAAUCCUAUUUGUUGCCUUUCUCAGGUCAGAGAUGAUGCUUUGGCCUUUAACCGAGAUGUCUUUGGGAAUAUUUUUAAAAGAAAGAGGGAAUUAGAAAGGCGUGUGACCAGUAUCCAACAGAAAAUGGAGAGAGUUGAUGCUUUAUCCCUUAUACAGGAAGAAAGGGAGUUACAGGCUGAAUAUAAACAGGUAGACCUUGAUGUGAUGGGGGAUCCGGAAUUACCUUCUUUAUCUCGUGAGGCUAUUGAAAGUCUCACAAGAGAUGUUUCUAAAGAAGAGGUUAGGAAGAUGAUUAUGGGCAUAAACUAUUUUAAGGCCCCAGGUACUGAUGGUUUUCAGGCUUUUUUCUUCAAGAAAUAUUGGGAAGUGGUUGGUACAGAGGUAUGGGAACUUGUUAAGAAGGCUUUCGCUGGGUUUGAUCUGGAUAGUGCUCUGUUUGACACUUUGGUGGUGCUGAUUCCUAAAGUUGAUAACCCGUCUCGCAUGAAAGAGUUUCGUCCUAUCAACCUCUGUAAUGUCAUCUAA